GGACGAGCUUCACGACGUGCAUGACGACAGCGCAUAUGGUUUCUAUCUAUCUAAACAACUCUCUCUCUCACUCACUCCGGCGUCCCUGAUGUUUUCCUGGAUGGUUCGUUAUUCGUAUGUAUCAACUACUUCUGGGCGAUUUCUGUGCUGUACUUGUCAUAUAUUUCUUCUUCCACAUUAUUCUUCGAAACAUAUUAGUCAUGGGACUAGUACUACCUGAGGUUGACAUUUCCACAUUCAACGCCAUGAAGUGGGGUGGGAUGUAUUUGAGAGGCAUGCACAUGACGUGAACAGACUGAGUCGGGUGGGUAGGUGUCUAAAAUUGACAAGUUGUGGGAGACUGUAUG